AUGACGAGGACACGAUUUCUAAAAUUGACCCAAUAUUUGCAUGUAAGAGACACGAGCAGUACACCAGUACGUGGAGAACCAGGCUUUGAUCCCUUAUUUAAAAUAAGACCCAUUAUCGACUGUGUUCUAAACACAUAUAAAACUGUUUAUAAACCGGGGAGAUGGUUAUCAAUUGAUGAGGGCAUGGUGGGCUAUAAAGGCCGGGUACGUUUCCGAAAGUACAUGCCCGGAAAACCCACAAAAUGGUGGAUCAAAGUCUGGAAGAAUUGCGAAUCAAAUACUGGGUACUGCUCAGGAUUUGAAUUUUAUACAGGCAAAAGAGACAAUCAU